AUGAUGUGGACCCCUGUUCCUGGGUCAACAGAGUUGAGGGAGAUGUUCACAGUCUGGGACAGGAAUGAGAAGCGGCUGGCCCAAGAGUGUUCCCGGAGGAUGGACCUGGAGUCACGACUGGAGUCACUUACCCCACGACACUCCGAGGCUGGGAUAAGGAAGACAGCUGCCAUGGAGAGCUUGAAGGUUGCCUCGGAGCAGGCCAGUCUUGCUGAGGCCCAGGCCACCAGUCUGGAGGUGAGGUGUAGGGAGAAGAGAGAGGAGAUCGGAAUCCUCAAUGAGAAGAUGGAGGAACAGAAGAUUAAGGAAGAAGCUGCUCUGUCUGAGUUCUCCGUGAAGAUGGCUGAACUAGCUGAUAAGUUUAGAACUGCAAGAACCUACUAUACGGAGCCCCAGUUGACAUCAGAGAUGGAAGUCUGUGAUAAAGACAUUAAGGAACUGACAGAAACAGUUGCUACCAAGAAAACGAGGCUUGCUCAACUGACCAGUGAGCUGGCUCAACUCCAGCAACAUGAACAGGAGGAGGAGGAACAUGGAGGAGAGGGGAGAGGGAGGAUUGGAGUCAGCAGGGAACAGUGGCAGAUACUUCUUGAUAUGGUGACAGAGGAGAGAGGUGUGGCUAAGGUAGAGCUGGAGAGAGAGGAACAAAAACUGAGAGCAGUACAGAGCAAUAUGAUGGUCUUGAAUGAUGCACAGCCAAUGGGAGCAGUAAUGAGGGAAGAAUAAAGACGUAACACAACAAAUGUAUUAAUAUACUAGAGGAAUGCAACCCAUUGUUGGCGAGCGGACAUGAGCAGUUCAAUAUUUCUUGCAUGUUUUGCGCGUAUUUAGAAUCACAUAGAACAUUACGGUACGUCCAGUGCCCGAUGACUGUCACAUGAAAUAGAAAAUUCCCGCAUUGAAACGACUAGGUAGGCUCGCUUCGCUCGCCAAUUACAAAUAGUGGUGCAAUGUUUUACAAAAUAAUACAUUAUCACCAAACUGUGAUACCUCAGCCAAUUCCCUAACGAAAAUGUUAUAUAUUAUACCUAGUGUACCAUCCAGUUCUCCUUGCCCUGACAUAGCUACCCUCUGGCAAGGCAAAAAGAUUGCUAAUCACAUUGGCAAUAAAAUAUAACUGUUCCACUUACCCAAGAAUGCACAUUAGUGUCAAGAUAAUGCUAGAGCUGUAAGUGAGGUUACCACUAGUGCUAUACAACUGAUUUGUUGCAGAAAGUAAAAUAUACUCACAGUGUGAAGGUGACAGGAGGUGGGCUAUCUGGUGUGCCACAUAGGCACCAGAGCCAUAGCCAGAGUGGGUGUAGCCAUAGUCACUGCUGUUCAUACUCUCUCCAGCGAAAUACAGACUGCCAUUGACUGGCUUUAGAAGAAGGUCAAAGACAUUUUCUGGGACUCCUGUGCGGUAGGCUGUGUAGGAACAGCUGAACAAGGGAUCAGUGCUCCAUUUCGAUACAACAGCCCUGUAUGGAUCCGGUAUCUCUGGCCCAAACAUCUUCCUGAGAAUAGUCAUGACUUCCCCAAUGGUCUCUUUCUCACUCUGGUUAGAGACUCUUACAGCCAGAUUCUCAGCAACAUCAACAGUGAUGACAUUUGGGGUUAAUUUGUCUAUAAUGUAAGAGGCAUAGUAGCCCCUCUCGUUAGAGACGUAUCCCAGCACCUGCUGGUCUUCCUUGGUGACAUUCCAAAACGAAGAGUUGAAGAGGAGAUGAACUUUGCCGUAGAAGACUGGUGUGGCAUUCCUGAUGGCAUCUUGUUUCCAGGUAGGCAGUGGUGGUUUAAAACAAACAGAGUUCUCUGCUUUGUUAACUGCUGCAUGGAGCGUUCCUAUACUAAAUGUCAUAAUGCCAUACCUCCCACAGUAUCGUGAAGAUCCAUUCACAGCAGCACACACACAGUCCUCUGCAGUAUGUACUGCAGUCACAACAGAGUUGAGCUUAACACGAUCCUUCUUGAAGUUCCUCGCAAGGCACUCUGUCACGAAAGAGUACCCCUUCCUAUCAGUCACAAGGUAGUCCACAGCCGUAGCAUUCGGCUCGGGACCCAAGAAGGCAUAAUAGGUGUAGGGAGGGAAGUACAAGAGCAGGGAUGCUUCAUCUGGUGUAAUGGCACUGUCAAAGUCACACUUGACCCACUCAGUGAAGUUGUCCAGAGGAGUGAGUGGGGUCCACCCCUCCUUCGUGAAGCCCUCCCUGAGGGAAAUGUCAUCAGCCAAGAUCAUCGCCAACUGGCAAGCUUUCUUGUACGCCUCAUCAAACACCGCCUUCCUCUUUAAAUACGUCCCAUUCUUGAUGUCAUACUCACCACCAGAGCUGUUGUAGACCCGAGUGAAGUCAAAGGGAGUGACACUGCCAUCUGGACCAUCUUUGUCACAGGCAGUCCACUCCCUCCAGAUGGGAUGGUGCUCCUUGUCCCUCAUGUCCAGUCCGUGGAUCCAGUUAGCCCCCAGCUCCAGGCCCGUGCCAUCAUCCUCUCUGAUCCGACCUCCUAUCCUGUCCCCUGCCUCCAGGACCAGAAAGUCUGAGAUACCGUUCACCUCUAGUGUCCUGGCCGCGGUGACCCCAGUGAUCCCUGCUCCCAAGAUCAGGACGUCCACCUCGGGAGCCCUGCCGUCCUCGUUUAGACUGCACGACGGCGCCGCUGACAGCACCGCGAGUGUCGCAGCCAUGCUAGCCAACAGUAUGUUGUACAUUCUCUUGACUUUUGCAGGGCUAUUUUUUGGUAUGAACGGCAGGCGAUAA